AUGAUUUCAUUUUGCAUCGAAGCGUUAAUGCAUGGUAACAUAUUGUCACGUCACAACAUUCUUUGUUCGCGUCUUUUAGAUAAAAUGGAAGGCCAUAAAAAAUCAACAACACAAACAACAAAGUCAAGAAAGAUCAUUGGCUAUGUUCUCUUUUUAUUAUUUGGUAUUGGAACAUGGCUGAAUUUGAAUGGUAUAUGGAUCGAAUUACCUUUAUUGAUUCCUCGAUUAUCCGAAGGAUGGGGAUUAUCACCACAACUAGGAAUGGCAAGCAAUAUUGCUAAUAUCGGUCCGGUAAUAAUUGCAUUAAUUCGCUACAUCAUUGGAGAAUCAUCAGCCUAUGAAGUUCCAUCGAUAUGUGUUAUAUAUACUGUUGGUAUAACUGUACCCAUAAUUCUGUCGUUUACAUGGUUCAAACAAGUUUAUAUAUUUGGAACAAAUCGUUCGUUGUAUUUAUUAGUUCUUGGGUUUUUCCUUGCAUUGGUUAAUUGUACAUCAUCGGUAACUUAUCUUCCGUUUGUGAAUCGAUUUGAUCCAAAAUGGUUGAAUAUUUAUUUUGGUGGUGAAUCUUUAUCAUCAUUAUUACCAGCUAUUCUUGGUCUCCUACAAGGUGUUGGAAAAUCUGAUUGUAUUCCAUCACCGACUAAUCCAUUAAUUCUUAUCGAGAAAACAUAUCCUCCACGAUUUUCGAUUGAAGUUUAUUUAUCUUGUCUCUCCGUUCUGAUGUGUUUAUCAUUUAUUGCAUUUUUGUUGCUUUGGAAAACUCAACCAAAAAGUAAUAAGCCAGUUAAAAAUCCAGAGCCCGUAGAAGAAACUCUAUUGGACGAAAUAAUCAAAGUUGAGACUGUCCACACGAAUGAAGAAAUCAAAAUUGAAGUUGUCAAUACAAACGACGAGAAAUUCACUAAAAAAACAAUCGCCUAUUUAGUCAUUAUUCUAUGGACGAGUAUACUUCUAAUCGGAUGUAUUCCUUCAAUCAAUUCGUUUUCACUGAAUCCAUAUGGAGCAGCGACAUUUCACUAUGUGAUUAUCAUUUGUCAAUGUUGUUAUCCAUUGGUAUCAUUCAUAUCGACACUAUAUCCGCAAUUGUUCACUGUCACAAUGGUUCGAAUUAUUAUUUCAACAAUUUUAGGAACAUUAGCUUUUAUUUAUAUUAUGUUGACAGCAUUUCUAUCACCGUGUUCACCUUUUGUUGAUGAAGAUUACGGAAAAUACAUUGUUGCAAUAAUGUGGAUAUUUGUAUAUUUGAUAUUUUAUUAUGAGCGAAUUGCAUUGGGAAACUAUAUGAAUAGCACUUCAGGCCACCGAGGUUUAUUUUGGUAUGGUUUAUUGACACAAGCAGGAGCAUUCACUGGCGCAGUACUCAUUUUUACACUGAAUGCUUACGGCAUAUUUAAAGAACGAAGUUUCUGCGGCACAUACCAUUGCUCUUAA